GUAACACAACUACAACUAAGUGAAGGAUGCCACACAGAGCCUGUUAGGAUCUCUCUCCGUACAGACUGGAGUCUCAGUUACUGAGUUGCACAAGCAGUUUGGUGUUGAGUGAAAGAAUAUCUACUAAUUAAAACACUUAAUUUGUACGUAAAAUGCCUGGAAGAAAGUUAACUGAUACGGAUUCAGAUACGGAUUUAGAUAGUGAUGCAGAAGACAUUAGUAAAAUUGUGACAAAGAAAAGUUUGGAGGAAGCAGUAGCACUUAUUUAUGAGAAAGAAGAGGCUGGUAGCAAAGAUAAGGUGUUUGGAGGCACGAAGGCACUGAGAGAAUGUCGCUUAGCCAGUCUGAAAGCUCUCAACUUGUGUUCUGCUGCCAACGUUUUCACAUCAGAAACUACAUUAGGAGAAAUACUGGAGGGAUUGAGGUGGAGCUUGUUAGAAAACGAUUUUGCAUCAGCAUCAAAAUUCCUGCAGUGGUUAUUGUACCAUGGCAGCUUGCCACUAUUGCCUGUCAUUUGGAAAAAUGCCUUUGCAAUAUUUCUGAAUCAUUACUCCAAAGAUGAAGGAUGCCUUGAAAAUUUUCUUGAGAUGUGUGCCGAUCAGAGAGCACCGGAAGAAAAGAGAAAACUGAUUGAAAUGCUUGUGACCCUACCAGAUUUUUUAGACGCCAGAAAGAAGCAAAAUUCAAAAACGAAAACGAAAUCAAAACCAGUUGUGAUUAUGUCUGAUGAUGACGAUAAUUUUGAAGAAGGGCUGUGAAGUUGAAUGAUGAAAAAGUGAUUGUAAAUGUUAUAAACAAUAAGGAGAUUUUUUUACAUAAUAAUAAAUGAGGCCAGUAUUACA